AUGGAUAACCUGGAGAGGGAUUGGCUGAAGGCCGCACAGGCCCUCGAUGAUCAUCUCGGGAACCAGGCGUGGAAGGAGAUAGAUGAAUAUGCAUACUACGACCACCUCACAAUAAAUAAGCUGGUCACACAGUUGAAAAAUGUGAGGGAACAGGUUGAGUGCGAGCAUCGAGAAGGUCAUUCUGGUUCGAGCGAGACGUCUGCAGUCGAGGAGUUGUGCACACUCUUGGAGGCGCAUUUGAAUACCAAUUUUGGACGAACCGCCCUUUGCUUAUCUGGGGGUGCUACCUUUGCUUAUUAUCAUUUUGGCGUCGUCAAAGCGUUGUUGGAUAAUGGUGUUCUUCCACAGAUUGUCACCGGUACAUCUGGGGGGGCCUUAGUUGCUGCCUUUGUUGCCACUAGAACCGACGAAGAGCUAAGAGAACUGCUCGUGCCCGCCCUAGCACAUCGGAUAACCGCCUCCCAUGAAGGAUUUCCCGCAUGGUUUCGGCGUUGGUGGCGGACAGGUGCUCGAUUUGACGCUGUUGAUUGGGCCCGCGAUGGUAGUUGGUUUUGCCGGGGCUCUACCACAUUUCGAGAGGCAUAUGAACGCACAGGACGCAUCCUGAAUGUGUCGUGUGUGCCGUCCGAUCCCCAUUCACCCACAAUUUUGGCAAAUUACCUCACGUCUCCCAAUUGUGUUAUAUGGAGCGCCAUGCUCGCGUCCGCGGCAGUGCCUGGCAUACUGAACCCUGUUGUCCUAAUGACAAAGAAGCGCGAUGGUACUCUAGCCCCGUAUUCAUUCGGGCACAAAUGGAAAGAUGGUAGUCUGCGGACAGAUAUUCCCAUCAAAUCGCUUAAUUUGCAUUUCAAUGUUAACUUUACUAUUGUCUCGCAGGUCAACCCCCACAUCAACCUCUUCUUUUUCAACUCCCGAGGAACUGUUGGUCGACCUGUUACCCAUCGAAAAGGGCGUGGAUGGCGUGGAGGGUUCCUCGGAUCCGCUAUCGAACAAUACAUUAAACUGGACAUGAACAAAUGGCUCCGAGUCUUGCGUCAUCUAGAGCUCCUUCCGCGACCACUAGGCCAAGACUGGAGUGAGAUCUGGCUACAAAAGUUCAGCGGAACAGUGACUGUCUGGCCGAAGACCAUCCCCUCCGACUUCUACUACAUUCUCUCGGACCCUACUCCCGAGCGACUUGCACGCAUGCUUCUUGUAGGCCAACAGAGCACUUUCCCAAAGAUCCAGUUCGUCAAUAACCGACUUAAAAUCGAAACCGCAAUCACAUCCGGCUUGAGAGAGUUCGCUCCCGCCGGCGCAGCAAUUCCUGUCAUGUCACAAGGGCGACAACGAGGUUGUCCAAUCGAUUCCUUCGCAUCGCGUCUUGAUGGCUCUCUUGCAGAGGAACCGGAGCAGGCAGAUUAUUACAAGGACGACCAGCCAACAUUCGCCUCGGAAGUGUUGGACCUCUCGAGUAUGGACCAGGCUUCCUCGGCCCCAUCGUCCCGUAACUCCUCACGUCCAAGUAUCCAUCGAUAUUCACCAGGGAACCUAUUCCAAGAAAUGCGACGACAGUCCGCUGUGUUUUUCGAUGAUCCGGAUCUGUAUGUCGAUGAUGAUACCCGGAAGGUGCAGUGA